GCUCUACAACACACAUCAAAAAACCCCUCCACAACAACUGCACCCCACUCCUCCCCUCAACUUCUAGCUAGCCAUGGCGGAGAAGAAGGAGCAGGCCAGACCACUAGCCCAAGCCACGGACCGCCUUAGCAGCGGGGACGACGACGAGGAGGCCACCCUACGCAAACAAAAAACAAGGCGUAAAAGGUGUAUGAUCAAAUGUUGCGGCUGUAUCGUAGCCUUUGUGCUAAUUCUAGUUGUGGUGAUCUUGAUUCUGAUAUUCACCGUGUUCCGCGUUAAGGACCCGACCAUCAAAAUGAACAGUAUCUCAGUCACCAGGUUGGAGCUGAUCAACCGAAUGACACCUAUAUUCGGCAUCAACAUGUCCCUGAAAGCAGAUGUGUCGGUCAAAAAUCCGAACGUGGCGUCCUUCAAAUAUAAGAACACGACCAUAACGUUGUUUUACCGCGACAUGGUUGUGGGCGAGGUACAAACACCACCAGGGAAGGCAAAGGCAAGGCGAACCGUCCAUAUGAAUAUAACAGUGGAUAUUAUCGUCGACCGCCUCAUGUCCCAGUCCAAUAUUCCAGAUUUGCUAGCAGAUGUGAGCUCAGGGCUUUUGACCGUGGGAGCCUAUUCAAGAAUACCGGGGAGAGUGAAACUGUGGAGCAUUAUCAAUAAGGAUGUUGUUGUGAAAUUGAAUUGCACCUUGACCGUCAAUAUUUCGAGCCGGAUGAUUCAAGAUCUGAAGUGCAAGCGGAAGGUUAGCCUUUAGGAUAU